AUGCUACUCGGCCUACCAGAACCCUUACCAUCCCUCGUCGCAAAACGCUUCGCAGCAGCUAAAGAAGCAGGCGCAUUAAUCUUUUCCGCGACGCACUUGGCUGUUUUGCCAGCAGCGAGGGUUCACUAUCAGCUUCGAUACUGCCCAGCACUAUCCAAAAAGCCCCAGUCUAUCAAGCAAGAAAAACAAAAAGGACCAAAAAUAGAUCCAUUUGAGAAUCCCUCACGGGAGUUGCUCGUUGCUGAGAUUCCGUCAUUAGAUGACCAGGAUGCAGGUCAUAUUCUUGUGCUGAACAAGUUUCCUGUGAUUCCCAGGCAUUUCAUACUUGCGACCAAGCGAUUUCGGAAUCAGACUGAUUUGUUGGAAAAGGAGGAUUUGGAAGCUACGUUUGCGUGUAUUCAGGCAUGGAAGAAUCAAGAUAGUACUCGCGAUGAAGACGAAGCAAAAAAGAACAGGCUGUUUGCGUUUUUCAACUCUGGCGAAGAGAGCGGCGCGAGUCAACCGCAUAGACAUUUGCAGUUCCUCCCUAUUGAGGACAUGCGCGAGCAGCAGCAAGACCAAGGCCAAGACUCGAAAUGGAUUCCGCUGAUUGAUCGCGUCGCGACGGCAGAUGAUGCAGUUAUUACAGAAUCUGGGUUGAGACAUCUGCCAAGUCUUCCAUUCAGGCAUUUUGCAUUGCCCUUGCCCUUGACCCCGUCGCCGGAGACGCUGUACGAGGGAUAUCUCUCUCUAUACAGAGCUGCAGUCGAAGUUUCCUCUACUACUUUGGACUCCGUCGAAAAAGCAGAAAAACUCGCUCAGUCAGUCGGCCCAGCUGCCAUCAGCUACAAUUUCGCCAUGACCGAAUCGGCAAUGAUGAUUUGUCCGAGGCGGAGCGAGAUUGCAUACCUCAAUAAUAAGAAUAAUAAUGGCACAGAUACUGGCAAAAUAUCGUUGAAUGGAACGAUAUUAGCGGGGACGUUAAUGGUCAAACAAGAGAGCGAAUGGGAUGAGCUGCGGAAUGAACCAGAGAAGAUUAAUUUUCUGUUGGCUGAUGUUGGAUUUUGA